CUUCCCGCCGUUGUGCGUUCCGUGCGAGGCGAGGCGAUGCGCGCGCUGCCCCUUGACAGAAAUUGUUUCCUGGAGGAUCAAAGGCCCGCACCCAAAGCCACGCAGCUCUCGACGUUCUUCCCGCUACUCACCACUCACCAAUAUCCCCCUACUCAUCAAUACAUCAUGGCUGCAGUCAUCGACCUGCCCUUUGAGCUCCCAGCAGCGCCCUCGUCCUUCAAGGCAGGGUCCACCUCUUCCAUCUCCAAGCUCUCCUCCGCUACUCUUCUCCCUGCCGGACCCUCCUACAUCGCCCACGCACGAAGGCAGCUCCAGCAGCUAGACUUCGCUGCUGAUGAUGCUCAAGAGGAGGCCCGGCUGCAGGCACUCAGAGAUGCCAACGUAGACGUAGAUGAGCUCGACAAUGACAUCGGAGAGGAGCCAGAGAGCGCAGAGCUCCUCGACCGAGACCCAAAGCAAUGGAAGUCGCAAGAUCACUAUGCAGUUCUCGGUCUCUCCAGCUUGAGAUACAAGGCUACGCAACACCAGAUCAAGAUCGCCCACCGCAAGAAGGUUCUAAAGCACCACCCCGACAAGAAGGCUGGUGCUUCUGGUUUGACUAAUGACGAUGCCUUCUUCAAGUGUGUCGCCAAGGCUCACGAGGUGCUCUCCAACCCUGAGAAGCGUCGUCAAUUCGAUUCCGUCGACGAGGGAGUGGAUGACGAAGCUGUUCCUUCUGGCAAAGAGAAGCCAGAGGAAUUCUUCCGGGUCUGGGGCCCAGUCUUUGAGCGAGAGUCACGUUUCAGCGUCGUGGAGAAGAAUGGUGCCACGCCCGAGAUUGGAGACUUGGACAGCCCCAGGAGUCACGUGGACAAUUUCUACGACUUCUGGUACAACUUUGACAGUUUCAGGAGCUUCGAGUACCUGGACAAGGAGGUCAACGAGGGCAGUGAUGACCGUGCUGACAAGCGUUACACCGAGAAGAAGAACCGCAACGAGCGAGCCCAGAGGAAGAAGGAGGACAAUGCCCGACUGCGCAAUCUGGUAGACAGGGCUCUCUCGCUAGACCCACGAAUUAAGAAGUUCAAGGCGGAGGAGAAGGCCGCUCGUGAGGCAAAGAAGAACAAGGGCAAGCAGGGCGCAGCACCCAACGCCAAGUCACCUCAACAGCUGGCGGAGGAGAAGAAGGCAAAGGAAGCAGAGGAGAAGAAGGCAGCUGAGGAGGCCAAAAAGGCAGAGGAAGCUGACAAGGCUGGACGUGCCGAUGCCAAGAAGGCAAAGGAGGCAGCCAAGAAGGCAAUGAAGAAGGAGAAGAAGAAGCUGUCGGACGCCAUUACCUCCAACAACUACUUCCAGCCCGCUGGUACCAACCCGUCUGCUCAGGUCAUCGAGAAGCAGCUCACUGCCCUUGAUGCGCUGGUCACCAAGCUGGGUGAGGAGGAUCCCACUUUGAUCGGCAAGCUGAGGGAAGAAGUCGAGAGCGCUGGCUCUGCCGAGGCCAAGAAGGCCGCCUUCAAGAAGAUGGCAGACGCGAAGAGCAUUGGGGGCGACGCCUUCGACUAGACGAGUCAGACCCUUGGUUGUCAUUUCACUUGUAUGGCCCUCGCUUUUCGCCUCGACUUAGAGCAUAGUAGAUGCCAAUGUAAUAUUCAUCUGCUUAGUCA